AGUACAAAACGUAGUUGUCCAGUAAUUUCCAUAAUGACAGGGCGUGAACGGGUAAUUAGUCACUUUCCAUUUCCAUUCCGGCACUUCCUCACUUGAAGACAAGAAAAGAGGAUCUCCGGACGCCACCCGCGCACCAAAAACUGAAGUCAAAAUGGCGGAGAACAUCGAGGCACUGUUCGACAAGUACGACGUGAACAAGGACGGCUCCAUCUCUGCACAGGAGCUGCUGAACCUGGUCAAGGACAUGGGCCUGCCCUGGAGCAACAAACUAGUUAACGCUAUGAUCAGGGAGCGCCAACUCAAUGCUGAUGUGAAGAUGGAUUUGGACGACUUUCCACGAGUUGUAAAAGCUUUGGAAGAAAUAAAGAAGUCUUUACACAACCCACGGGGAACCAGGGAGGCCAUGAUGGCGGUGUUCAAUGAUAUAGACAAGAACGGAGACGGUUUCCUGAGCACGGAUGAGUUGAGGGAAGGCAUGGCCAGCGUCGUCGGCAUGGAACUGUCACGUGAGGCCAUCGCUGAGCUGUUCCGGGGCGCCGAUAGUGACAUGGACGGCCGAGUGGACAUCAUGGAGUUUGUAAAGAUGGUCACAAGUUUCUUCUGAUGUGUCGCCAUGGUAACAACACACCAUAUAUGGUCAUCCCGACAACCAUCAUUGGUUACCCUUCAUUAAUUCCCCUCAACAAAUUGUUGUCUUUCAAAUGGCGAAAGGAUGAAACUAUAUUCAAGUGGCAUGCUGUGGUGUAUGUAGAGUUGAAAUGAGUUAUGUAAAACAUCCUGAUAUUCAAUUGAUUGCUGUAUUUGUUUACGAACUUGCAUGACAUAAUUCUGUAGCAUAAUAUGACGUUUCUGGUAUGUACACGCGAGAACGCAACUCUCGUGAGAACUAGGUCACUCCGUGAGCAAGAUGGACUGGAUAGCCAUCGAAAAAAGAAAAUUUGGAGGUACGUGUGCUUACCUUUAAUAACAGUUACUGCUUGAUGAAAAAUUCUAUUAACUGUGAACAUACGUGACUAAUGAAUAUCUUCAACGUUAAUGUAUCACAUAGUGCAUUUUUGUUAUUUGGUUGUUUUAUUUCAAAUUGUUCUGUGAAUUAAUGUUCAUAAAUCUCAUUGUUUCACAAGAUAGAUAAUUUUAUCCAGUUUCCUGUUAUUGCUUUGCUGCACUGUUAUAUACGCAAUCCUAAAGCCUAAAUAGAAUAAAAAAUUGUUAUCACAUUUACACAAUGUCAACAUAAUCCUUGGCUGUCUUGUAUGUAUCUAUAUUCGACCUCGUGAACAGUACCGGUAACGUUAGUGUUCUCUAGCGACUGUAAACAAAACUUAAGCGCCGUAGCACACAACUUCUUUGCAGUUCUUGUUUCAUGAGAUAAGUGGGCCGAUAAUUUGAAUAAGUUCAACAAAAGAAUCACAAAAAAUAAAAAUAAAAAAUUCACGGGAGCAUACUGAUCUUCGACAUCUUGUUGUGUGACGAGUAGUAUGUAAC